UUAUUUUUCUCCCCGAAAAAGGCAAAGAACGCAAUUUCACAAUCAAAACCCUCCAGACUUUCCUCUUUACUCUGUAGCUUUGAAUCGGUUGGUGGUACCUGAAAAAGGUAAUGCUUUUGGUUGUCAAAUUUUCCUUUUGUUUCUUUGAGAGAGCUUUCUUUGCUUUUGGUUGUCAAAUUUUCCUUUUGUUUCUUUGAGAGAGCUUUCUUUUUCUUUUUUUUUUUCUUUUUUUUUGGGGUUUGGUCGGUGGUAAUUUCAUGGAUCUAAUACAAGCUAAAUCGGAAGCGAAGAGGAUGGACGAUAUAUUGAGCGGGGGAUUGGACAUUGAAAUACUGGUGAGGCUUCCGGUGAGUUCUUUGUUGAGGUUCAAACGCGUAUGCAAGUCAUGGCGGUCUCUCAUCAGUAGCCCCUUCUUCAUUCAAAAACACCUCCAGGUAUGCAACUCCACCACCACCAACCCUAAUCUCAUUUUCAAAUCCAAAAUGGAAGUAGGUGAUACAGUGUUCGUCGUUUCUCAUCUAACACUGCAAGUUAUCAAAGCACGAAACGUACCCCCUAUUCGGCAUAACUGGUGGCCACGGAUAUUGGGUACUUAUAAUGGUCUCAUAUGUCUUUAUUGCACUGUCGAUUAUCGAGAUGCGGCAGUUUGGAACCCUGCAACUGGGGAGAAAAAAGACCUCCCUUGUCCCUUAAUACUAAAAAGUCACAUUAGAGCUGCUGGGUUUGGUUUCGAUGCCAAUAACAAUGAUUAUAAGAUGGUCCUGAUUCACUUAUUCAUUGAUGUUGCUGAUAAUGUAAGGCUGCCAGGGGGUUUCCAACUUGAGUACUAUAGUCUAAAAGCAAAUUCUUGGAAAUUGGUUAAUGAAAUUCAGGGGAUGGAUUUAUUGUUUGAUGAUGGAACCCUCGGUGCAUACACUAACGGAAUGAUUUCUUGGUUAGCAUAUACUGUAGAAGAAGAAGAAGAAGAAGAUUAUCGGAGGGAUGAGAUAAUUUCGUUCGACCUCAGCAACGAGGUGAUCAUAAGAACACCCUUGCCGGAUAAUAUUGGUUCUCAUGCGGCUGAGCAAUCUGUUAAUCAUGUGAGGGUUUUAAAUGAAUCCUUUGCUGUUGUUAGUGAUAAUUUCCAUAAAUUUGAGUUUGAUAUAUGGGUGCUGCGUGAAGUUGGUGUGGUGGAGUCGUGGACUAAAUUAUUUACAGUUGGACCCCUUCCACAUUCGGUUUCAGAUCCAUUGGUAAUUUGGAAAGAAGGUGUGGUGUUUUGGAAUAAAAAAGAUAAAGAGCUUAUCUUGUAUGACUCUGCUAACCAACCAAAAAGAUGUGUUGGAAUUCCUAAAAAACAAUACGACUUAAUGGAUGCUGUUAUAUACAGAGAGAGUCUGGUUCCAUUAUCCACGGAGGGAACAACUUAGGAAUGACAAAACGCUUUAUGCCGCUUUUACUUGGCUCUGCAGGCAGCAAAUUGGAGUUUAGGCAUUAGUUUCUGCUUAUCUGCUUCUCUAGUAACCUGAAUUCUUAUGUUGCAUACUAUAUUAAGAAUGGUGUGAUCAAAGGAAACAGACUAUCACUUCUGGAUGACAUUUGAGUGCCUCUUAAUGCUAAUGCCAUCAAAAGUCCUAAUUGAAACUGUCUGUCCCUGCCCCUCGAUAUUAGAAAUUGAAUUUUGCAACGCAGAUGCAGAAAUGGGAUUUCGACAUUGAUCUUUUUUGAAUGGAAUGGUAAAUUAAUUGCAUCAAUUCCUUGCUUCAUGAUGUUGAUCAUACUCAUUGGAUAUUGCAUAACUACAUUUGAAUGCCCUGUUCUCCUGGAUCUUCUC